AUAGACACGUCAGAUAGGUAAAAUUACAGUGCACCUCAGAGCAGCAGAUUGGAAACUUCAAGAUUGAAGGGCAUUCUUAAACACAGCUAAACUACACCUUUUCAACAUCUGUUAUAGUUUCUUUCUCAUCAAGUUCAACUAGAAUUGAAUGGAUGCUGGGUUUUUCAUCUGUAACUAGAAGGCAACAACACUUGAUUAGGUGUUUGGGAGGUUGUAAUAACCACUAUAGAUACACAACAAUUCUACAUAAUCACAAUCAGCAGCAGAAAAAAAUGCAGUCUGUGACACCUAUUUUAGAAGCUGAUGCUGUCAGUAUAAUUAAGUCAAUUACUCCAGCUCUUGAUCAUUCUAGGCACAAGGGCCAAGCAGGAAAGAUAGCUGUUGUAGGUGGAUGCCGCGAAUAUACAGGUGCCCCAUACUUCUCUGCUAUUUCGGCUCUGAAAAUUGGUGCAGAUUUGUCACACGUCUUCUGUACUAAAGAUGCAGCCCCUGUUAUAAAAUGUUACAGCCCUGAGUUGAUAGUACACCCUGUUUUAGAAGAAUCAUACAGUGUCAGUGAUGAUGAAAAAAGCUCAAGAGCAGACAAGGUUCUCGCUGAGGUUGAUAAGUGGAUGGAAAGGUUUGACUGCCUUGUUAUUGGCCCGGGUCUUGGAAGAGAUCCAUAUCUUCUGGAUUGUGUUAGUGAUAUCAUUAAGCAUGCAAGGCAGUCCAAAGUUCCAAUGGUCAUAGAUGGGGACGGACUAUUUCUUGUUACAAACUGUCCUGAUCUUGUAAGUGGGUAUCCCUUAGCAGUCCUGACUCCAAACGUGAAUGAAUACAAACGACUGGUUCAGAAAGUACUAAAUGGUGAAGUAAAUGAUCAAAAUGGACCUCAACAGUUAAUUAAUCUUUCCAAGGGCAUGGGUGGUGUAACUAUACUAAGGAAAGGAAAAUCUGAUCUCAUCAGUGAUGGUGAAACAGUGAGAUCAGUAAGCAUCUAUGGUUCUCCAAGGCGAUGUGGUGGUCAGGGUGAUAUACUUUCUGGAAGUGUUGCAUUAUUUCUUUCCUGGGCUCGUCAACAAGAUGGGGAAUCUAAACUAAACAUGAAUCCUACAAUGUUGGGUUGCAUUGCUGGGUCAAUCUUAAUGCGGAAGGCAGCAUCAUUUGCUUUUGAACACAAAAAAAGGUCAACACUUACCAGUGAUAUCAUUGAGUGCUUAGGAAGAAGUAUGGAAGAUAUUUCCCCAGUUAACUGAUCGUUCAGCAGCGUAACAGUACUAGUUAAACCACUGCUCUAUAUGUCAUUACCUUCUACAGUUAUAAUUUCUUUUGCUGUAUGUGCUUCUUUCUCCUUUGGUAUGUGUUGUUUUAGACCUUAAAUGUUCGAAAGCUUAAAAGAUUAUACAUCUUGAGCAAUGUUACACACA